CGCAGGAGCGUUGAGUUUUCGAAAGUAAAAAUGCUAAAAUAUUUCGUCUACUUUUUGACUUUUAUUUUCGCCGCGCAAUGUUUGGAACUUCCACCUGAGUUGCAGGAAUAUGUAAAUGACCUUCAUAAUAUUUGUAUAGCAAAAGCCGGAAUUUCUGAAACUGAUCAUGCUGCUUAUGACAUUGUAAAAAAUCCUCACGAUCCCAAAUUAAUGUGCUAUAUGAAAUGCCUUAUGAUGGAAGCCAAAUGGAUGAAUAAGGAUGGUAUUAUACAGUACGAUUUCAUAAUCGAUACCGCUCAUCCCAAAAUAAAAGAUUUAUUGGUACCGGCCGUUAAUAAAUGCAGAAACAUUAAUGAUGGUUCCGAUUUAUGCGAGAAGGCAUCGAAUUUCAAUUUCUGCAUGUACGGAGCAGACCCAGUGAAUUGGUUCUUAAUUUGAUGAAAGCUAGGUAAUACAAAGACACCGAUCGUUUCAUAGUUUUGUUCCAAAUAAAGUUUAGCAAA